GAGCUCUCUUCUUUUCCAAAUAAAGAAAUAUAUGUUGUAAAAAAUUUACUAAUAUUUUAAAUCAUAUGUGUUUAGUUGUUUUAUUUUCAUACAAAUUGAGGAGUUGACAAACCUUUGUUUGGAUGAAUCCAAGAAGUUUACCUGUGGCUGCCUCUCUGGAUGCUCCUGAUCCAGUUUUGGAAAGGGUUCUUAUAGAGGACACUAAAAAUAGUAGCCACGGCGGGGAGAGGAACUUCUUAGCUCAUCAACCAAUUUUGCUGGAUCAGGUCUCCAAAUCUUUCAGAGGAGAAGUAGUGAGCAGAUCUUUUUCCAUGAAGGCUGCAAAUAGAAACGAUGAAAAUUUGGAAAAUGGGAUGUUGGAGAAUGACAUAGAGAAGUCAGUACGCAGCAAUAAAGUUGUUACAGUACACAACAAGGCCUUGCUAUCUGGAGUCGCUUAUUGUAUUUCUUCCUGUAGCAUGAUAUUAGUGAACAAGUAUGUACUUUCCAGCUAUGGCUUUAAUGCGGGGAUAUCAUUGAUGGUCUAUCAGAAUUUUGUCUCAGUGGUGGUGGUUUCUUCCUUGAGAGUUUUUGGGAUAAUUACUACGGAACCACUCACUUGGAGGCUAGUCAGAGUUUGGUUGCCUGUUAAUGUUAUAUUUGUUGGGAUGCUUAUAACAAGUAUGUUCAGUCUUAAGUACAUCAACGUUGCUAUGGUCACUGUCCUAAAGAAUGUCACUAAUGUGAUAACUGCUGUUGGAGAGAUGUAUUUAUUCAACAAAACGCAUGAUAACAAAGUUUGGACUGCACUUUUUCUGAUGAUUAUUUCAGCAGUUACCGGAGGAAUUACUGAUCUUUCUUUUCAUGCCAUUGGUUAUACAUGGCAGAUCAUUAAUUGUUUCUUGACAGCAUCAUAUUCUUUGACUCUUCGCAGGGUCAUGGACACUGCCAAACAAGUGACUAAAUCUGGGAACCUUGAUGAAUUCUCCAUGGUCCUGUUAAAUAACACGCUUUCACUGCCUUUGGGCAUUUUGCUUAUAUUAUUAUUCAACGAGGUGGACUACCUUUCUAGAACACCACUGUUACAAUUGCCAACAUUCUGGUUGGUGACAACCUUUAGUGGAUUGUUGGGCUUAGCAAUUAGCUUCACAUCCAUGUGGUUUCUUCAUCAAACAAGUGCAACUACUUAUAGUCUUGUUGGAUCACUAAAUAAGAUACCUCUCUCUGUUGCUGGUAUUUUCCUUUUCCAUGUUUCAACAAGUCUGGAGAACUCUGCCAGUAUAUUAUUUGGGCUCUUGGCUGGAGUAUUUUUCGCCCGAGCAAAGAUGCAGGAUAAAUCUCAAACUAGAUCCUGAAUGUCAAAACUAACACCCUUUCCUUUGUAAAUUAUGUCUUGUCUUGAAUUGUAGAGCUUGUUGUAUACUAAAAACUAUGACAUGAUCAAUCAAUUCAAGAGAUAGAUCAAGAUUUUCAUUCAUCUA